UAUACAGAUCGUCUCAUCACCUGCACCUGCAUAGGAUCUAGCAGAAUCUCAUCACUCUGUCAAUCACAAGGAGCUAGAUCUAACGGGCCCAGGCUAUCGCCACAUCUCGCCGUCCUGUUCUCGAGAGCCUUUACAGCCUCGCGAGGCUAUAGCAGCAAGGCCGUUCCCGAUCCCAGCAAGUUCAAAUCGAAGUUGCCAUUGCGAUUGCCGAUACCUCCGAGGACGACGCAAUUGCAACGCUACGAGAACCUCUUCAAGCGGAAUCAAGAGAAAAGACUCGAGAGAGAAAAGUCAUUGACCGAGGGAGACAAGGUCGCUUCGAAUUUGGUAAAAUUGCGAGAUCUGGGUGGAAUCACGAUCACAGGGCUUGUACCUCAAGGCGAAAAAGCAACGACGACAGAGGACGAAGAGACAUUGCGUUUGCGGAAAUUGAGGUUGAAAGCCUUGGCUAAAAGUCAAUCUGGAUCUGAGAUCAUGUCGAGUUCAUCAUCGACCUCGAGCCCGACCGCGAGCGCCGGUGAGGCGCUGGACAAUACCGCUCGACCCUCCACCCUCUACGAUCACCUCCGAUCAUCCCUCACACCCCUAGCUGGCCAAGCUGGCGAACUAGGCGACGCCGAAGACCUUAAACUCCAUCGGACGCUGGACCGAUCGUUCGCUAAACGACUAGACAAGUCCAGCGAGCGGGUCCUGAACCUCGCUAGGAAUUUGAUUCAGGCUGUGGACAGUUCGAGGAAUGCCGCGAGUGGCAAGAGUUCGACGGGGAGGGUGAAGCAAAAGUUGCAGGAGGAGGACGAUGUCGUACACGAAUUUACGCCUAAUGUGCAGGAUACCGUGGAUGGGUUGUUGGAAGCUACGGAUAUCAACCUGGAUAUCGCUACGGGUCGACGGAAAGUUCCUGCUGUGACCGUUCGACCAGGUGCACCGAUUACGAGAGAGAAACCCCGAAAAAUCGAUAUCGAAGGCACAAACCAACUUCCCACCCUCGCACCCGAGAUUCUUCAAGCCGACAUUCCUAAACCACAAGAUUCGUUUACACUAAAGCCUGAUAACCGAUACGAUGCACCGGCUUGGCAGCCGACUUUGGAGCAUAAACAUCAUGCGAUGGUCCCCCUUGAUUACGUGCCUACGCCGGCGAGUUCGAGGGCUGGGACGCCGUUCUUUGGGGAGACGGGCAGUAAUGACGGAAACGGGACGGGAACCGGAACGACGUCAAGGGACCCUGUCGUCAAGCCGGAUUUCACCAAACAUCCUUAUUACCACGAGACGAAGCACCUUCCUUACCCCUCCUCGUUGUUCAUCAACAAACCCGCCGUACCUGUCCAGCCGUUCGCAUCCACGCCGUUUACUUAUGUUGAUACCGAAUCCGCUUAUCGGAGCAUGGUGGACAAACUACAAGCGAGCGACGAGAUCGCCGUCGACCUGGAAUACCACGCCACACGGUCUUUCACCGGUUUCUUGUGCCUGAUGCAGAUCAGCACGAGGGAAGAGGAUUUCGUCGUCGAUCUCCUCAAACUCAGGGACCUUGUCAGGAAAGACAAGCUUGGCGGAGUCUUGGUCGAUCCGGCCAUCAUCAAGGUCUUCCAUGGGGCGGAGAGCGAUAUCCUUUGGUUGCAGCAAGAUUUCGAUAUCUAUGUGGUCGGGAUGUUUGAUACCUACCAUGCGACGAAGGUGCUCUGUUUCCCACAACAUUCCCUGGCAUUCCUUCUCCAGCAUUAUUGUGAUUUCGUCGCGGACAAGCGAUAUCAGAUGGCGGAUUGGAGGAUCCGACCUUUACCGCAGGAGAUGCUGCAUUACGCCCGGUCAGACACGCAUUUCUUGCUCAACAUUUACGAUCAAUUACGAAACACCCUCCUCGAGCGCUCAGAGGGCACCCAGGAUCAGGUCCGAGACGUCCUCCGACGCUCGGCGGAGACGGCCAUGAAGCUGUAUCAGAGGACCGUCUACGACGAAGAGCUAGGAGAAGGUUCUGGCGGAUGGAAAGGUCUGUUGAGAAGUCGGCUGAGCCAUCGAGGGGCUUUGGCGAAGACCGCCGAGUAUGGGAAGCCGGGGGAUCCGAUGACGUGGGGGACGUCCGAGAGGGGGUUCAUGGAGGAACGGGUGUUUAGAAAGUUGCACGCCUGGAGGGAUGCCAAGGCUCGAGACGAGGACGAAAGUGUACACUACGUCAUGCCGAGCAUCCUCUUGUGGAACUUGGUCAAAAAGCUGCCGACGACCGAGACAGAGUUCGUGAACACCGUCUACGUAAAGAAUCAAAUCACAAGAGCGAGCAAGGACGAACUCCUUAGGUUGAUCGAAGAGGGACGGAAAGAAGGUUCAAAGAACUAUCGCGACUCGCUUCAAGCGCUUUUGGACGCGCGCGAAGUCGACGGGGAUGUAGAGAUGGCGGAUGCGGACCAGGGGAGCGAAUCUGAUGCUACCGUUGUCGGGGUCUCUAAACCUAAGAUCGAGCUCUCCAGGCCGUCAUCGACGUUAUGGGACUCUGCUACUGCUUCGAGCACCCCAGCCGACUGGGCAGCACAGGCAGCGAGUCGUGUGCAAGCCGUUCAGAGCGCUCUCUUCGGUCAGGCGUUGGCCAAAGCUGGUCCUAGCUCAAAGCCUGACUCGGUCAUGCGUAAUAUCCUCUCUCAGUUCAGUUCGACACCCAAACUCGAGAUCGAUGAUCCGAUGGAGGGUCAACAGACACAGGACGCCGAGAUGACAUCCGCCGACGCUGUUCCAACAGAGCCUGAGCAAGUCCCCUACGUUCCCGCCGCAUCACGUACUACCAAGACCAAGGCUGCUAAGAAGGACAAGGACGAGGUGGUCACGGUGAAAAAGGCCAAGAAGCGCAAGGCCGAAGUGAUCCCGCCUGCUCCGGAAGCGACGAGCGAAGCCGUAGCCGAGGUGGAACCCUCGCCCGCAAAACGCAUCAAGGUCAAUGGAGAAAAGGCCAAGGGCAAGAAAAAGGCGGUCAAGGUGGAGGAAAUACCCGAUUUCGACUAUAGCCAAGAGCCGAACCAGUUAGAUACCUUUGCACCAGAGAGCACGACUGGCAAGAUCAAGAAACAGAAAAAGCCCAAGAAGCCGAUCGUCGACACGUCUGCUUUCCGCAAACCUCCUCAGAAUCCCUCCGACCUCAGUGCAGGAAAUCGGUCACGAACCUUCAAGAAGUGAGAGGCUGCCGAACCUCUGCCGCAAAAUCGCAUCGUUACCAGCAUUUGUGUAGAUAUAGUCAUGCCGUUGUACGCUACAUGUGUAACCAUUU